AUGUCGGCCAUGAGUGAGACUAUUGCUAUCGUCAAUACUCCUCAACUCCUUAGCGUUAAUAUGUCUAACGUCACGAAGCUCACUGCUUCUAACUUCAUCAUGUGGAGCCGCCAGGUUCAUGCUUUCCUUAAUGGAUAUGAUCUCGCAGGUUACAUCGAUGGAUCUGUCGUUGUACCACCUCCUACAGUCGCUACCGACGGUGUAACGACUCCCAAUCCUGACUACACGUUGUGGAAACGUCAGGAUCGCCUGAUCUACAGCUCUCUUCUAGGCACCAUUGUCACCACUGUCCAACCUCUCCUUUCCCGAGCCACCACGUCCGCCGAGAUAUGGACUACACUCACAACCACCUAUGCUGCACCAAGUCGCAGUCACAUUCAACAGAUACGUCACCAGAUCCAGGCGUGGAAGAAAGGUACCAAACCGGUGGAUGACUAUUUCCUUGGUCUUACAAUGCGGUUUGAUAAGCUUGCGGUGUUGGGUGCUUCCAUGGCUCAUGAAGAUCAAGUUGAGGCUGUUCUUCGUGGGUUGACCGAUGACUUUAAAACAGUGAUUGAUCAACUUGAAGGUCGGGAGAAAACACCAACUCUCCCUGAAGUUUACGAAAAACUACUACACCAUGAGGUUAAACUUCAGACCAUUGCUGCUACUUCUCCUCCGUCCUUCCCAGCCACUACCAAUGCGGUCAACUUUUGUGGUGGUUCCUCUGGUGGCUCUGGUAAUCGCAAUCAGCAACGCCACAAGCAACAAUACCGGUCCAACUACUCGACUCCCAACAAGACUGGUAUGUCUCGUUCGGACAAGGGCAUGUCCCGUGGCUACCAAGGCAGAUGCCAGAUCUGUGGCAUUCAUGGUCAUAGUGCUCGAACCUGCUCUCAGCUUCAUCAAGGCGGUUUUUCGAGCCAUCCUCGUGCCUAUGCUCCUUGGCAUUCACGGGCAAAUCUUGUCACCGGGUCCGGUUAUGAUGUUAAUCCUUGGAUUCUUGAUAGCGGUGCGACGCAUCAUGUAACAUCGGACCUCAACAACUUAGCUCUUCACCAACCUUACAAUGGAGGAGAGGAUAUCACCAUUACUGAUGGGUCUACACUCCCUAUAUCACAAACUGGUUCAACCUUUCUUCCCACCUCCUCACGUGAUAUAUCCUUGAACAAUGUUCUUUAUGUUCCUGACAUUAAAAAGAACUUAAUAUCGGUUUAUCGCCUGUGUAAUGCUAAUCAAGUUACGGUGAAAUUCUCACUCGACCAAUUUCAGGUGAAGGAUCUUGCAACGGGGUCCGCUUGCUCCAAGGGGGGGACUAGAAAUGAGCUGUACGAGUGGCCUGUCAAUAUUUCAUCACCGGUCUCGUUGUUUGCUUCACCAUCAACCAAACUGGACCUUCUUUCUUGGCACGCAAGACUCGGUCACCCGGCGUUACCUGUUUUAAAAACAUUAGUUUCCAAGUUUUUUUUACCUGUUUCAACAUCUCUGCAACCUCCUUUGUCAUGUUCUGAUUGCUUCAUUAAUAAGAGUCAUAAACUCCCGUUUCACGUUAAUACCAUUACGUCUCAUCAUCCUCUCCAAUACAUCUAUACUGAUGUGUGGAAGUCACCGAUUGUGUCCAUUGAUGGUUUUAAAUUAUUUGGUGUUGGUUGA